GGAAGGGUUUGUUGUCUAGGGCUGAAUCAGCGCCGGGAUGGCGACCGCUGUUUUACUUUUAUAUAUCCGAUGUUUGGUGACAGCAUUCUUGGUGCAUGAAAAUACACUCCUGGCGGCGAGGAACCGAUGACUUGGGAGAAGGGAGCGUUUGUUAAUUGAAGGACUAGUACAUGGAUACCUGCGUACUUCAUGCGGUCCUUUCUCGUGGUGGUAGGCCUGCAUUCAGGUUUCUUUGAUGGUUGACGCUGCAGUUACACAGACUGAGGCUGACUUGGAUUUCGUGUGUCCCGAGAAGACAUCGUGGACGAGUUAUUUCCAUCCCUUUUUUUCUUGUUCUCUUUUAGUUUGCUUAGAACAUGUUGCCGGCUUUUUUUCUUGACUGAGGUUGCUCAGGCUUUUAUUUAUUCCCUUUUUCUUAGAGUUACCCGUUGCUUGCCGUGUUUCUUUGCUAGUGGCAAUUGAAAUACAACACCUACCUACCUUUACACAUCUACAGCUCUUUCUUUCUUCGUCAAAAUAAUAGGAAUCUGGUUGAGACCACAAUGUAUGUUGCAAGAGUAUCCACGAGGGUACCGCUCUCCAAACAGACUGCGUCGCAUCUUUCUAAGGUCGUAGCAGCCAAUUUUUCACAAUCAUGUUCUGGCUCCCUUCAUCGCGUUGGUCUUGGUGCGAGUCCAGUACUUCAUACUUCACAAUCUCAUCGUGAGUUCUCUUCAACGCCCCGAGCAGCGUUGAGAGAUUUCUUCCCUCAGAAGGAAACGGAAUUGAUCCGGAAAACCAAACCAGCAUGGGAACAUCCUGAGUACGUAUUUCACUUCCCAUCCCUACUUCACUCCAAGAAGUGAAAGCACAAACAGAUAUAAUCGGAACUGAUCAACUAACUUCAACCAGCUUCAGCUACGAAGACAUGAAAACCAAGGUCUUCUACGCCCACCGCGAACCAGCCGAUUUCUCAGAUCGCGUCGCAUUAUGGAUGGUCCGCCUUUUAAGAUGGGGAACCGACCUAGUAACGGGCUACAAACAUGAUGUCGAAGUACCAAAGAAAAUCGGUGACACCAAUGCCGUUGCAGAGACGAAACCGUAUGGUAUGAGUGAGCGAAAAUGGUUGAUUCGAAUUAUAUUUUUGGAAUCUGUUGCGGGUGUGCCAGGGAUGGUUGCGGCUAUGUUGAGGCAUUUGCAUUCGAUGAGGAGGUUGAAGAGGGAUAAUGGGUGGAUUGAGACGCUUUUGGAGGAGAGUCAGAAUGAGAGGAUGUUAGUAUUCCUUCUCCCUUCUCCCUCCCCUUUUCUUUCUUUUCUAGUUGGCGUUGAAAUGGAAGCUAAUUAAAUAGGCAUCUCCUAACCUUCCUCAAAAUGGCCGAACCAGGCUGGUUCAUGAAAUUCAUGCUCCUGGGCGCCCAAGGCGUCUUCUUCAACAGCAUGUUCAUCUCCUACCUCAUCUCCCCACGCACCUGCCACCGCUUCGUCGGCUACCUCGAAGAAGAAGCCGUCUUCACCUACACGCUCGCCAUCCAAGACCUAGAAGCGGGCAAGCUGCCCCAAUGGACGCACCCGGACUUCCGCGUCCCCGACAUCGCCGUGGAUUACUGGAAGAUGCCCGAGGAUAAACGCACCAUGAGGGAUCUUAUGCUUUAUGUGAGAGCGGAUGAGGCGAAACACAGGGAGGUUAAUCAUACGCUUGGAAAUCUGGACCAGGACGAGGAUCCGAAUCCGUUUGUUUCUGAGUAUAAGGAUGUGGGGAGGCCGCAUCCUGGGAAGGGGAUUGAGCAUUUGCAGCCGAUUGGGUGGGAGAGGAAGGAUGUUAUUUGAGAGGGAGCGGAGUCUUUUGCUCUUUUCUGGCUCGCGAUCGAUGGGUCUCGAUACGACUAGAUGAUGGACUUCCAAUCGUACACUGCGACCGGGACUGCAUAGAGAUUACUACGGAGGGGCGUUUUUUGAAUUUUUUUGGCAUUGGUUUAUAGGAGUGCAAGAUGGGUUGCGGCGUUUAUUCUGCUUUUGAUGAUACUAAUCUCCACUUUACGAGGGAUAAAAAUGUUCUGAGGUUAUUUAUUUAGAUAGAGGAACAGGGAUG